UAUUCUGUCUGGCGUCAUACUUCCAAGAACCGCUACCUGGGAAUCUGGUACAACAACAUCCCCAUGCAAACUGUUGUCUGGGUUGCAAACAGGGUAAAUCCAAUAAAUGAUUCCACUGGCUUGUUGAAGAUAGAAAGUAGGGGCAAAGUUGUGCUUCAAGUUCAGAACAAAACAGCUGUUUGGUCGAUUAAUACGACAGCAAGUGUUCGGAAUCCAGUUUUGCAGCUUCUGGAUUCCGGAAAUCUUGUUGUCAAAAAUGGAAAGGGUGGUAAUCCAGAGAAUUACUAUUGGCAAAGCUUUGAUUACCCGUCAGAUACAAUGUUACCUGGGAUGAAAAUUGGUAUUGAUUUAAGAAAGGGUUUCGGUCGAAGACUAUCAGCCUGGAAGAACUGGGAUGAUCCAUCUCCUGGUGAUCUUACUUAUGGUGUAGAACUCGAAGGAAACCCGGAGAUGGUGCUAAGGAAAGGCUCAGAAAAGUAUUACCGCGCUGGAUUAUGGAAUGGCAAUGGAUUUAGCGGGGCACCAAAUUUGAGGUUGAAUCCCAUCUUUGAUUAUGACUUUGUGUGGAACGAACAUGAGGUUUACUACAUAUUUUUCCUCAAAAACAAAUCUGUGAUGUCAAGGUUUGUUUUGAACCAAACUGAAAAUGUAAGACAAAGGUACACAUGGAAUCCAGAAACUAAAACUUGGAAGCUGUUUGCAAUCAUGCCAAGUGACUAUUGCGAUCGAUGGGGACUUUGUGGUCCAAAUGGUAACUGUGAUAACAAUAAGCUUCCGGCUUGUCAAUGUCUGAAAAGGUUCAGGCCAAAGUGGCCCGAAAGAUGGAACUCAACGGAUUGGUCCGAAGGGUGUAUACGCAGUAAGCCAUUGAAUUGCGAAAGUGGAGAUGGGUUUAUCAGAAUAAGGAGAGUUAAAACCCCAGACACCACAAAUUCUUGGGUUAAUAAUACAAUGAAUCUCAAGGAAUGUAGGGCUAAGUGCUUGAGGAACUGUUCUUGCAUGGCGUAUACUAAUUUAGAUGUUACAAGAGGAUGUAGUGGCUGCAUCAUGUGGUUCGAUGAUCUGAUUGAUAUCAAACAAUUUCAAUCAGAUGGUCAGGAUAUUUACAUCAGAGUGUCUGCUUCAGAAACAGAACUGAAGAAAAAGGUUAAGGUGAAGCUUGCCAUCAUACUUGCAACUGUAAUUGCUGCCCUGUUGGGGUUCCUUUCAGUCGUUUGUUACAUUCGCAGAAGCAGGAGAAAGUUAAAAGAUGAAGUGCAGAACAAGAAUGUAAAUGAUACAGAGAAUAAAGAACAGAACAAAGAUAUAGAGCUUGCAGUAUUUGAGUUCAGUACAAUAGCACAAGCUACUGAUAGUUUUUCAUUUCAUAACAAGUUAGGUGAAGGAGGUUUUGGCCCAGUGUUUAAGGGGACACUAGCAAAUGGACAAGAAAUUGCGGUGAAGAGACUUUCAAAGAGUUCUGGACAAGGAUUGAACGAGUUCAAGACUGAAGUAAAGUUGAUUGCCAAACUUCAGCAUCGAAAUCUUGUAAGGCUUCUUGGAUGCUGUGCUCAAGGAGAUGAGAGAAUGCUGGUUUACGAAUACAUGCCUAAUAGAAGCCUUGACUCUUUCAUUUUUGAUAAAACGAGACGCAAAAUAUUAACUUGGUCCAUGCGUUUCCGAAUUAUCUGUGGGAUAGCUAGGGGACUACUCUACCUUCAUCAAGACUCGAGGUUGAGGAUUAUCCAUAGAGAUCUAAAAACUAGCAAUGUUCUACUGGAUAGUGAGAUGAACCCGAAAAUUUCAGAUUUUGGCAUGGCAAGAACUUUUGGAGGAGAUCAAACAGAGGCCAAUACAAAUAGAGUAGUUGGAACUUAUGGUUACAUGGCACCUGAAUAUGCUACCGAUGGGCUGUUUUCAGUAAAAUCAGAUGUUUUUAGCUUUGGGAUUGUAUUGUUGGAGGUUAUAAGUGGAAGAAAGAAUAGAGGAUUUUAUCAUGCAAAUCAAAGCAGCAACCUAAUUGAACAUGCAUGGAGAUUAUGGAAAGAAGGCAAGCCUUUGGAUGUUGUUGAUGAUUUCUUAGUAGAGAGUGGCAGUCUAUCUGAGUUGCUGCGAUGCAUACACAUUAGCCUUUUAUGUGUACAACAGCAUCCCGAGGAGAGACCAAGCAUGUCACCCGUGGUUCUGAUGCUGGAAAGUCAUAAUGAAUUGCCUUCGCCUAAACGACCUGGUUUCCUGUUUUGCAAGAAACCCUUUGAAACAGAUUGUUCAUCCGGAAACUAUGGAUCACCUUCGAGAAACGAAAUAAGUUUAUCAUUAUUAGAGGGUGAGAAGACAACAAAGUCUUUGACUGGUUACAAAGAAAAGAAAACAAGGCAAACACUGCAUCCCCUGCCUAGGCCACAUCUUCGACUAUCCAUUCCCUUCACUCAUUUAUUCAAGACAAAAGUCUUCUCUGGCAUUUAUAGUCAAUGCAUGAACUUAGAAUGUUCAAUCAGACUGACAAAAAAUGUUCAAAUUUCAAUCAAAUUUUCAACCGCAAUUGAUACCAUUUCUCUGUCGGAGUCACUCACCGAUGGCACGACUUUAGUGUCCAAUGAUGGAAGCUUUGCUUUGGGUUUCUUCUCUCCUGGAACUUCUAACAACCGCUACCUGGGGAUCUGGUACCACAGCAAACCCAUACAAACUGUUGUUUGGGUUGCAAACAGGAUAAACCCAAUAAACGAUUCCACUGGUGUGUUAAAGAUAGAAAGUAGUGGCAGAAUCGUGCUUCAAAUUCGGAACACAGCUGUUUGGUCGACUGAUACGACAGCAAGUGUUGAGAAUCCAGUAUUGCAGCUCCUGGAUUCUGGUAAUCUCGUUGUCAGAAAUGGAAACGAUGGUAAUCCAGAGAAUUACUUAUGGCAAAGCUUUGAUUAUCCAUCAGAUACAAUGUUACCAGGGAUGAAAAUCGGUGUUGACUUAAGAACUGGUUUUGCUCGAAGACUAUCAGCCUGGAAGAACUGGGAUGAUCCAUCUCCAGGUGAUCUUACUUAUGGUGUAGAGCUUGAAGGAAUCCCACAAAUGGGGCUAAGGAAAGGCUUACAAAAGUAUUCUCUCAGUGGCUUAUGGAUUGGCAAUGGAUUUAGUGGGAUAAGGAAUGUAAGGUCGAAUCCGAUCUAUGAUUAUCAAUUUGUGUGGAACGAAGAUGAGGUUUACUACAUAUUUUCCCUCAAGAACAAAUCAGUGAUGUCCAGGGUUGUUUUGAACCAAACUGAAAGUGUAAGAAAAAGGUACACAUUGAAGGCGGACACUCGAACCUGGAUGCUGUUUUCAAUUAGGCCAAGUGACAAUUGUGACAAAUACAUAGUUUGUGGUCCGAAUGGGAACUGUGAUAACAAUGAGCUUCCGGUUUGCCAAUGUUUGACAGGGUUCAGGCCGAGAUGGCCUGAAAGAUGGAACUCAUCGGAUUAUUCCGGAGGGUGUAUACACAGUAAGCCAUUGAACUGCCAGAGAGGGGAUGCGUUUAUCACAAUAAGUAAAGUGAGAUCCCCAGACAUCACAAAUCCUUGGGUUAAUAAAACUAUGAAUAUCAAGGAAUGCAGGGCUCAGUGCUUGAGGAAGUGUUCUUGCAUGGCUUACGCUAAUUUAAAUUUUACCUGCGUCAUGUGGUCCGGGAAUCUGGUUGAUAUCAAACAAUUUCAAUCAGAUUCAGAUGGUAUGGAUCUUUACAUCAGAGUGCCUGCUUCAGAAUCAGAACUGAAGAAAAAGGCUAAGGUGAAACUUUCCAUCAUAGUUGCAACUGUAAUUGCUGCCCUUUUGGGGUUCCUUUCAGUUGUUUGUUACAUUCGCAGAAGCAGGAGAAAGUCAAAAGGUGAAUCUGAAGACAAGAAUGUGUAUAAUAAAGAGAAUAAAGACGAGGAAGAAGAUUUGGAGCUCGCAGUAUUUGGGUUUCGGACGAUAGCUCAAGCUACCGACACUUUUUCAUUUCGUAACAAGUUAGGUCAAGGAGGUUUUGGAUCUGUUUAUAAGGGGACACUAGCAAAUGGACAAGAAAUUGCAGUGAAGAGACUUUCAAAGAGUUCUGGACAAGGAUUGAAUGAGUUUAAGACUGAAGUAAAGUUAAUUGCCAAACUUCAGCAUCGGAAUCUUGUCAAACUUCUUGGUUGCUGCAUUCAUGGAGAUGAGAGGAUGCUGGUUUACGAAUACAUGCCUAAUAGAAGCCUUGACUCUUUCAUUUUCGAUCAAACGAAAAGCAAAGUAUUAACUUGGUCCAAGCGUUUCCGAAUCAUCUGUGGGAUUGCUAGGGGACUACUCUACCUUCAUCAAGACUCAAGGUUGAGGAUUAUUCAUAGAGAUUUAAAAUCUAGUAAUGUUCUACUUGACAGCGAAAUGAACCCCAAAAUUUCCGAUUUUGGCCUGGCAAGAACUUUUGGAGGCGAUCAAACAGAAGCCAAUACAAACACAAUAGUUGGAACUUAUGGUUAUAUGGCACCAGAAUACGCCACCGAUGGGCUGUUUUCAGUAAAAUCAGAUGUUUUUAGCUUUGGGAUUGUAUUGUUGGAGGUUAUAAGUGGAAGAAAGAAUAGAGGGUUUUAUCAUACAAAUAUCAGCAGCAACCUCAUUGUACAUGCAUGGAGAUUAUGGACAGAAGGCAAGCCUUCGGAUGCUGCUGAUGAUUUCUUAGUAGAGACUGGCGAUCUACCCGAGCUGUUACGAUGCAUCCACAUUAGCCUUUUAUGUGUACAGCAGCAUCCAGAGGAGAGACCGAGCAUGUCAUCUGUGGUUCUUAUGUUGGGAAGUCAUAAUGAAUUGCCUUUGCCUAAACAACCUGGCUUCUUGUAUUACAACAAACCCUUCGAAGCAGAUUCUUCACCUGGCAAAGAGGGAUCGUCUUCGAGAAACGAAAUAAGUUUAUCUUUAUUAGAGGCUAGAUAAAAGAUGGUUGUAUGGUUCAUUCAAUCUGUCAUGCUCAAAACUAUCGGCAACAAUUUCUGUCCCAUCUGAAACGUUGGGCAUUU